AUGACGGUCAAGGGUAUGACUAAGUUGAAGUGUGCCAAGAUGCGCUGCUAUUACAAGGAGCUGCACGAGAGAGAGCAGCAAGCAAAGACACGCAACCUUGAGCUUCUUGGGAAUGUGGCGAACUUGGCAUCAAAAAUGAAAGAAUUCUCCAUUGAUUGUAGCAGGCUGCUUCAAAAGAGGUUGGAGUACAAGAAUCAUAUUACCAGACUGAAGAAAGACAGGAAGAAAAUGGGGAGCAGGGGGGAAUCAGAAGCAGACGAGCUCCCGAGCAGGUUACAGCUUCCGAGCACACAGGGAUCAUCACAGAGUGCUGUCAUCUUCACGGGUCACCAGACCUCCAAUGGCUCAUCAAGAAAUGAUGGCGUCACAACCACACGUUCACCAUCUCAGACAGAGCUGAUACCUAAUCAUCCUUCACUCUCUCCUCUACAAAGUGGCCUUUGUUUGCACUCCCAUGUUUCAAAAGCCAGUGGCACUGCCAUUUCAUCUGAUGACAUUCUAAACUCAGGUGAUUUCCUUGAGGGCAGACAUUUGAGUGACGUGCAUGAAAAGCAGAUGGAGUCUGAUUGGGAUAUCUCUCAGAGGACAGGAGAGCAGCAUAGAUGGAAAGAACUUAACUCACCUCACAUGACCCUGAAAGAAGCCGAAGUGUCCUUUCGAUCUAUGACCGCGAAGAAGCCUGCAGACAUUGUGUCAUUAGAGAGGUGCCCGACCCGCAGUCCUUCCUCAGAUACCACUGACCCAAGAGAUUCCUCACAAUACAUGAACUCUGGAGGUGAGGAUGAGGAUGUGUCUGCAGAGGAUGAAGGUGACUCUGCACCAAGACAUCAAGAUCUUUCAGAUCACACUAGCAGCAGACAUCACGCUUUGAGAAGAGAUGCUGUAAUUCAAGAACAGCAUGUAAUAUCCUUUCAAACCAAAGGUGGUGCACACAAGCAGGUCAACACACAGGAAUCUGGAAGGCCUGACUCUCUCGAAUCCCCCAACAGGCUCUCCAUGGAAGGAUUUUGUCAUCUUCUGCACAGCAUUGAGCGACGUCUCAAUGCUAAAGACAUGAACCUCUACAGAAGCACAGUCAAUGAGCAGAAACUCGAUGAUAUCAUCAGUAUAUGUGGUCAGUGUGGGCGUCUGGAUGGUGUGGAACUGCAUGCGUGUGGUGCUGUGGUUCUGCAGCAGCUGCCCCUGUUGUCCUGCAGUCUGUCUCAUGGAUGCCUGUUACCCAGUGAUCUGAUCAACACUCACUGGUCAUCAGCUACAAAACCAGAACAGAUCAGGUCGUGUCUGUCAGCUGAAAGUGUUCUGCUGUGGGACUGCUGCUUCAGACACUUCUUACAGCUUCAGCAACAGAAAAUCCUCAGUGUUGAACACAUCAUCCAGCUCUUCACUCCACUCUUAGUGCCAAGCAAUGCCACCUACACUGAGAAGGUACCGAAGCUGUUGAAGAGUUGGAUGCUUGUGUACUUUCUUUUCCUCACUCGUUCCCCCAUGUAUGUGGACGAGUGUGUCGGUGCUUGA